AAGAGAUUGUCAUUGUGAAUCUUUGAGUGAAGAAGAAACUAAGAAAAUGUUCUCGUUUAACCAUCUUCAGGUUUCAACCUGCACUUUUCUACUACUCUUAGUUAUUGGAAUGUCUUCGGCACGCUCGUAUCAAAAAACAAUCUCAGUAUGUUCUCUGAAUGAUGAAGAAACAAGUAUUCAAACUGGCGUAACUGACAUUGAUGUAGAUAAUUCAAAAAUUCUGAUGUACGCAUCUCUUGGUCUUGAAAAAUACGCGGCGAACAAGUCCUAUAAACCAGUUAUUGGCAAAAUUAACAGUGCCACGGGAGAAACAGUGGCACAAAAAAUCUACAAAAUAAAUGUUACAUUUGGAGAAACCAAUUGCGCUAAGGGGCAGAAAACUAAUUGCGCACAGAAACCAAAUGCCGAAUCAGAAAACUGCACCAUCGCAGUAUCGACCUAUCUUUGCGCAAAAGAGGAUCGCACGAAAGUCACUGUUACUUGCCCAUAGAUAGUUUUGAGGCAUUUUUAUAUUCUUUCAAUUUCUCUACAUUAUAAACAAAAUUGAACCGCUAUAUUCUACAAUCAUUGUACUAAUUAAAAAUAUUCAUAAAAAUUUUUAAAUAAAAUUAUUUGACAUUUAUAUUAAGAAA